CCGCGGUCGUCGUCGUCGUCUUCUGCGCGCGUACCAUCGCCGGCCGGCCGACGUGUCCGUGUGAGACAUCAGUGCUCCAGUGCAGUCAUCGCGGGUACGCGCACGUGCACAGAACGCAUACAUAAUAAAUAUAUGUAUAAUAUAUAAUAUAUAAAUAUAUUAUCAUUAUUAACGAUAGUAAUAUAUAUAAACAUAAUAUAUUUAUAAAGAGUCGAUUCGGGCGCGCGUUUAAUCGGUCUACAUUUUCUAUACCUGUAAGUACGCGCGAUUUUAAAAAAUAGUAUUUUCUUAUCGCCGGGGAGUUAGACUGAUUAGUUUUGAAAUUCGCGCGUGAACUACUGUUGUGCUUUCCAUCUGAAAAUGCGUCUCGCCAAUUCGCGCCCCGAAAAUCCCACCGCGGUAUAACGGUGGCGGCAGCGAUGCACCACCACCUGCCGGAGCAGCAUCACCACCGACAUGUCCCACCGUCGCAGUGCCGUCACUUGACGACUGCCGACCCUCGUCGGGCAUCGGUCGCACUCGAACCGCCACCGUCGCCGCCGCCGCCGUCGUCGUCGCCGCGGACAUCCAUCCGAGUCGUCUGUUUUCGCGAACGCGCUACGACAUAAUAUCACAUCGUGCAGCAUACGACAACACCCGUGUAACAUAAGACACAUACAAUCGUCGCAACAUGGACGUGUUCAAGCUCGACCAGUCGUUAGCGGCGGGGUUGGGCGGCGCGCCGUCUGCCGACAAGCUGACGGCCGACGUGUCGUUCGGCGCCGGCACCACGGACGAGUUCAACCUGAGCUUUUUCGACGACACGACCACGGACACGGCCGGCUCCGAGAGCCACGACCCGCCGGCCCAGGGAUUCGGUGACGAGUCCUGCACCGCCGCGGCCAUGGACACGACCGCGUCCACGCCUGCGGCCGCUUUCCGCGACGUCCGUGUCCAGUCUCCGUGCACCAGUUCCACGUACCGGCAGCCAACCGCGUACGCUGGCCACGCGGCCAACUCUCAACCACCUCCCCCGCCGCUGACGAUCGCCGUCACCAACUCGACGCCGUCCUCGUCCACCACCGCACCAGAUCAACAUUUUGCGGCAGCCGACUCGAACACUACGCCGGCCAAAUCGUUCGUACCGUGUCGAGUGUGCGGCGACAAAGCGUCUGGAUACCACUAUGGCGUCACGUCGUGCGAAGGAUGCAAGGGGUUCUUCAGGCGGAGUAUACAAAAACAAAUCGAAUAUCGGUGUCUGAGAGACGGUAAAUGUUUGGUGAUCCGAUUAAACCGGAAUCGAUGUCAGUACUGCCGAUUCAAAAAAUGUCUGACAGUCGGCAUGUCCAGGGAUUCCGUUCGGUAUGGGAGAGUGCCGAAGAGAUCUCGUGAGCAGCUCGAGUCGGAGUCGAAGACCGUGUCGGCCGCCGAUUCGAUGGCGGCGGCGGCGGCCGUGCAAGUGACCACCACGACGGCCACCACGACGACAGUCGCCGCGAACGCGGCCGCAGCCGUUGCGGCCGCUGUGGCCAUAGGGAUCGGUGGGAGUGCACCUGCCGUGGCCGAUCCGAUCAUGUCUGGCACCGGGCCGGCCGCAGUGAUCGAGACCAACGGCGGUAGCGUGUCCAUAUCGUAUGACGUGAUCGCAGCCAUAUCGCAAGCACACCUCACCAACUGCGAUUACACGGACGAGCUGACCAGGACACUACUUCGGAAACCCGUGGCAUCUCCACCCGCUCAGGGAUGCUCCAGCCCAGAAGUGGCGUCGUCAACAGCGGACAGCGAGGAACAGCAAAAAAUAUGGCUGUGGCAACAAUUGGCCGCGCACAUCACUCCCACCGUGCAAAGGGUAGUGGAGUUCGCGAAAAGAGUUCCUGGUUUCGUAGACCUCAGUCAAGACGAUCAGCUGAUUCUCAUUAAAGUGGGAUUUUUCGAACUAUGGCUGUGCUACGUAUCCAGGUUGGCCACAGACCUUUCGCUCACCUUCUACGACGGCACGUUCAUCACACGACAGCAGCUGGAACUCAUUUACGACUUGGACUUCGCCACAGACGUUUUCCAGUUGGUGACAUCUUUCAACAGUUUAUCGCUGACGGACACCGAGGUCGGUCUAUUUGCCGCAAUCGUGCUGUUGACGCCGGACAGGCCCGGCGUCUCUGACGUCAAAACCGUACAGCACAGUCAAGACCGAAUCGUUGAAGCGUUCAAACUACAACUAAGCAAAGGUCACGGAGGAGACAAGAAUUUGGCUCAAACAGUAUUGUCGAAACUGCCCGAACUACGAACCAUUGGUGCCCGACACGUUUCGUACCUGGAGUGGUUUAGGUUAAAUUGGCACAUGUUGAAGUUGCCACCGUUAUUCGCCGAAAUAUUCGACAUACCCAAGUGCGAAGAGGACUUGCAUCAAGGCUGAAUUAUUAUCUUUCUAUUUUAUUGUUACAGGAUUUUUUUUUUAUAUAUUUACUUAUAAAGUUUCAUUUUUUUUAUUUGAAACGAAUCGAAUACUUCCUAAACGAACAAAAUGUGUUUACAAUCAAAAGCAGAAAAAAAUGUAUUAGUAAUGAUAAUUUCUAACAAUAUCUUCGUAAAAAUAAUCUUGAUAUACUUACGAACAAAUAUUGUUAACGCGCUUCAGCCGCCCCCGUCGAAACACGCUUGCGCCCCUCAAAUAUUCGUCCGGUCGGCGCGAGAGUACAACCUAAUCAUCGACUUCGUGUCGAUCAAUGAUAUAUAAUAAUAAUAUAUACAUAUAUCUAUUAUAAUACUACACAAUUAUGAAGAGCAAUAAAAUACAAAAAAAAAAAAAUUUUAAUAAAAACAAAAACACUAUAUCGUCUGUCUAAUAUUAGAAUAAUUCUAUGUAAAACGAAAUGAACAUUUUAUAAAUAUUAUUAUAUAGAAUAUAUAUAAUAAGACAUUAUGACAUAGGGUACAUGUACAACGAAACAAUCUUGUAUGAUAAGUGUGUUCUUUUUAGUUAUUUUAUAGUUAUAGAAAUUCAAUGACGAUCAAAAUUUCAUCUUACACAUAGUAACGAAUAAUAUACGCGUUCUCGUUUCUUGUUAGGAUUCUUGCAAUAAUAUUAAUCAUUUUCAUAUCAUGCAUUAUUUUUUUUUUUUUUAAUCACAUACCUAAUGUGUUCAUGGCUUAGUGGAGUGCGGAUAUAAUAUCAUCAUUUUCAUAUAAUAUAAUAGUAUUAUGAUAUAAUUGGUUUUGUUAUUAAACAAUAUUAUAUACUUAAUAUUUAUAUAUACACAUAUAAAUGUGUAUAUUUUACAUUGUAAUAGAGCUCCAUUUAUCUUUCUAUACAUUAUGUACGAUCUAUUUGGCCUGAAAAUGUUUUUUUUUUGUCUUUGUACUGUGUUCAUCAUUGACAAUCUUGAGUUCGUUAAAAAAGACAAAAAAAUCUAAGCAAUAUUUUGUAAUAUUUAAAUACUGUAUGGUAAAUAUAACUAAAAAUCAAUUUUAUCUUUUUUUUUUAUGGAAAGUUUUUAAUAUUAUUAUUAUUAUUAUUAUUAUUAUUGUAUAAUAAUUUGAUUUUCUUCAUAAAUAUUCUCUUUUUUUAUAAUUUCACUAGUCAACUGAAGCAAUUUGGUCCAGCAACUAAGCAAACAAAAACGCUUUUAUGUGAUAUAUUUUUUUUUUUUAGUUGAAUUUUGUGUUAUUUUAUCUUUUACAUUCCAUAGGUACUUUUUAUAUUUUAUUUGUAGGCAAUAAGUCUUAAAAUUAUACUACAUUUUCGCAAUCUAUUUAUUAUAGCUCUUACGCUGUUGUUGUUAUUGUUGUUGUUAAUCAUUUUUUUAUUAGUUUUUAAACUAACAGUGUACAACCGUUGUGUAAUAUGAAAAAGUGCAAUUUAAAUGGGAAUCACUGUAUGACCCGGAUUUUCUGUCAAUACUUCAGUUUCUCUUUUUCUCUACUUCUCACUAUACAAACACAAACACACAAACAUAUAUAACAAAUCAUAAAAUUAAAAACACUGGCACACAGAUACACAUACACACACACAUACUUCAUACAUACCUUACAUGCCACACUUAAACAUUUAUGUAUUCACAGGGUAGAUUAGUUAUUUCAAAUCGUUUAUGUUAAAGACAAAAUUACAAAAAUGUUUAGAAUUCCUUUUUUUUUGAUAAUAUUAUAUAUCAUAUCUUUAAGAUUUUCUUAGAGUAAUUUUUGAACACCAAGGUAGUAAAUCGAAUGUGUAUUAUAAGAAAAUAAUUUUAAAUUUAAAAUAAAAAUGUUAUAAGUGACAAUCACAGAUAUACUGAAAUGGACUCACCUUUACGUUUCGCAAUAAUUAGGAUAAUGUUAUAUAUUUUUUUUUAGCUCGUAAAAUAAUUCAAUAUCGAACGAAAGCAAAUAAAUUGACUUUUGUUUUUGUUUAUCCUGUUUGUAUAAAGUUUUCUUAAUUCGUUAUAUUAUAGUCUAUAAUUUUCUUUCUAUUAAUUUGUUUUGUUAUUAAUAAUUGCAUUUUAAUUAAUAUAAUAUACAAUUGUUAAACAUUUUUAGAAAAAUUUGUAUUCUAUUUAUUUUAGAAAAUAGGUCAUUAUUUGAGUAGAUGUGGUCCCCUAUUUGUAUUUCAUUCUGAUUAAUUAGCCAAUGCUAUCACUAAUAGAGAAAUGUUAUGCAUUAGAUAAAUAUCUUUUUUCUACUUUUUUAUUGAACGGAAUUCAACUAGCGUUAUUUUGAGUAUUUAGCGUUAAUUAGUAUUUUUUUAUAUAUAUAAUAUAUAUUAUGUAUAUUAUAUAUAUAUAACUGAAAUAUUUAAAUAUAACAUGUUUACCUCGUUUUAAAAAGUUAAAUUUGUAUAUUGACAUAUUGUAAUAUGUAGCUAAAAAUGUCGAUAAUCGGAAAAAACAGUAAAUACAAACAUAAAUCACUAUUGUAAUAUUAAAAAUACUUUAUAUAUAUCUGUAGCGUAUAGAUUAUUUGAUUAUUGUUUAGAUUGUUGUAUAAAAACACCACUUUUUUAUUAGAUCUUAUUAUUAUUAUUAUUAUUAUUUUUAUUUAAAUUUUAUUGUUUUGUUCUAAAAAUUUAAAUUUACAAUGAGAAUAGUUAAAUCUUGUCAAAAUAAUACGUAGGCGUGUAGUAGUGAUUCUGCAUAAAGCUUACACAUUUUACUUACUAUUAUUUAUUGUAUAGUAUAUAAGUAUGAUAUUUUCUUAUGUUUUAUUUUCGAGCUCGGUAUUUACCGUAUUAUUAAAUUAUAAAUUAUUAUGUCGUUGAUGUUUAUAGAUAAAUAGACUAAAACUUAUUAUAAUUACUUUUAUAUUAUAUUAUUAUAAAUUAUUAUAAUAACAACGAAGUCGUAGCUAUAAAUAUUAUACGUUGACAAUGAAAUUGCGUAUAGGUUCGUAUUUAUUGUUUAUCAGUAUAUAUAUUAUUAUACACGUAUGUAUGUACCUACGUAUUUUGCUUGUUAUACUGUAUUAUUAUGUUCGAUUAUUAUUAUUUUUUUAUUGAUAUAUUUUAUUUAGAAUAGGAACCCAUUAGUACAGAAAAUAAACCGAUGAGCGAAAAACUUCUUAAAAAA